UGGGAACAAUUACAUCCCAAAGCAAGCGUAAUGGGCCUUGGAAACUUGUUCUACAUUUUAGUAAUCGCAUUGGUAGCAAACAAGCCUCCAGACUGCAACCCGCCAUCGAAUUGCCCCGGAAAAUGAAUCUGCAUUGAAUAUAAAUGCAACAUUUUUAAAGAUAUUUGUAAAACACUAAAUAAAAUGUUGAAUUCUUAUCUUUUAUAAAUUAACAUUUUAUCCAAAAUCUUAAAGUCGAUCGAUUGACCUGAUCCUCUUAACUCAAAAUGAUAGGGAAUAUAUGUUUUGAAUUCGAAUCGCACAUUUAAAAGUUAACCAGUAGGCAUCCGGUUUCCAUUGAGGUGUGGGAUCUAAUCAGAUCAGAUGGGACAGCGAUGUUUUACAGGACUCGCUUGUCCAAUCCUCUAAGGAUGGGAUAUCAGGCCGUGAGCUUUUACUCUACUAAUCCCCAGAUUCCCUCGAACCAAAGAUUUCGAUCAAAAGUGUUCGGGAAAUACUUAAUAGUAACAAAUACCGUGGGAUCGGGAAUACUUCUCGCCAUCGGAGAUGCGGGGGCUCAGCAAUACGAAAGUUUGGGCGAAAAAAAGGCCUUUGACUAUUCCCGCUCAGGAAGCAUGAUGAUUACGGGUUUGGUGAUAGGACCUGUCCAGCACAGUUUCUAUCUGCUGUUGGAUAGGGUUUUACCAGGCACCAAUCGAUGGGGUGUCCUUCAUAAGAUCUUCGCCGAUCAGCUGAUCAUGUCGCCCAUCUACAUCUUCUUGGUCUUUUACCUCAGCAGUCUCCUGGAGGGAAAAACCAUCAUGGAAUGCAAUGCUGAGCUCUCCGAAAAGUUCAUCUUCACCUGGAUGUUGGACUGCUGCAUUUGGCCGGGUCUGCAGUACCUGAACUUUCGCUAUUUCAAGUUCCUCUAUCGCGUGGUCUUUAUCAAUCUGGCCAGUUGCAUGUACGUCGUACUACUCUCAUAUAUAAAGCACAGCUUUUCCAAAACAUAAAAAA